AUGGCGGAAAACUCGGCAAGCGUAGCUAAAAUGGCUAGGCUUUUGGCCAUUAAUCAAAUUCUUAUUGGAUUUUUACUGUUUAGUUUCGGCAUUGCCGAUCGACUUGUCCCUGGAAGCUUUACUGGCUACGCGUAUUCUGGAGUUUGGAUCGGAAUAUGGGUAAGCAAAAUCAUUUUCCUGCUUAUUAUAAAGGGAUAAUAUUACUUUUAUGUUGAAUAAGUUUAGAAAACGUCUGAUACAGACGCCUUUUGAUACACGCUUUUUUGUUUAUAGGAACAAUUUCGCUAUCAUGAUCGUCCGGAUCGUCCCGAUCGCCCCAGUCGUUUCAAAAAACUUCGACAAGAUCCGGACGACUGGGACGAUUGAUGGUCUCGAUCGCCUCAACGACAAGAGACGCGGGGUCGUCAGCGAUGUUUCUGGGUCAGACAUUAGAAUUUUUGCGCCUGUCUCGCAAACAAGCCAAACAUAAUGAUGCAUUUAAUCGGAGAGCGAACCUCGGGCCUUGCGAUAUGCUUUUUCUCUCGAUUUUGCGGCGUCGAGAAGCUACAAGAGUUCCACGAGGACAUGUAGUAUCAUAUAGUAGAUACCUGGAUUUUCGAAAACCGGGUCGAAGUUUAAACAGAUUUGAAAGCUUAAAAAUAUCAACUCAUUCUAAAAAAUAACGGAGAAAAUUAUCCGAGAAAAUGCCUUUGAAUGGCAAUUUAAAACAACUGGGCCCUGGAUUUUAAAACUCAAAAAUUCAAAGGUCGAUCGAUCAAAAGCGUUUAUCUGACGACUGGCAGUAAGUUAAUGGUCCCUAGAAGCAUUUCAACGACUCCAAAUUUAAAAUAACGCAAAUUUUAGAACAUUUAUUCAGUAAACUGACUUCGCGAAGUUUGCGUUGUCAUUUCAGUCUAGAAAUUUUUAAGUUGAGUGAGCUGCAGCGAAAGAGUGCCUAGUUACAUAACAACUUAAAUAGUCAGCAAAACAUUACUUUUGCGCGGUUCGAUAAACAACAGGAUUCUGCAUGGAAUAGACAACAAACUGAAUGAAACGUAGUGCACAAAUUAUCACUUUCUUAUCUGCACAAAUCGGCCUAUGGUUCAAUGCCAUUAGAGCCCGCUGAAACUAGACCUAGAUACAAUUUUGCUGAGUCGAGAGUCGCUUUUCCAAGGUACAAUCAGCUAAGCUAAGCACCCACGAAAGAAUAUUAAUGGCUGGCACAGAAUAUUUUGGCCAAACCGCAGCUCAACCACGCGAUCACAUACCUGUCAACACCAUGCGGAAAUCGCACAAUCACACACUUUCGCGGCACUGAGCAUGAUAAGACUACCCACAACCACGCAUAAUCUUCUCACGUUUAACAUAAGCGAAAUAUCAUCGAAUAACUCGGAAAAACUCAGCCUAUUGCCAGAUAAACACCUCUGGACUUUUCUCUAACACUCGUCUUAUUCAAGUUCCCGGAUGUAGGGUCACACGGUCGGCGGAUCACCUUAGCAUGGAAUCAUGAAUCAUGAAUCAUUAAAGUUACAAAACAUAUAAGAAUCAUGAAGCUCUAUUCUUUUAAAAACUUGGGAAUCAUGAAUCAUUGUACUUCGGUUCGGGAAUCAAGAAUAAUUGUAACGAUACUCUUCCAGCUCCGAUUCAGGGAUAGCCUUCGAUCGUCCCGUUCGUCUCAGUUAUCUGAGAGCGUUUCCAUAUGCAUGAUCGCUUCAAAAUUUACACGAUCGUCCCGAUCGACCGGAUAGAUCGAGGUCGUCUUAGUCGUCCAGCCGGGUCGUUUGUGAUCGGUGUCCGGGUAGUGUUUCCAUAUGAUCGUUCGACCGUCUGGAUUUGAGACGAAGGUCGUCUUUUUUAGGAACAACAUUUUGUCAACGAGGGUAAAAUUUGCCAAGAAUAGGAACCAUGGUUUUCGUUUUUGUGCCCAAAUCGGUGAACCGGGUGACUCUUGCUUUCCAUAUGAUCGUUACAAACCGAUCGUCUGAACAUUUUUUAAGAUAAAAAAGUUAUGUUUUUAAAUAAAAACAAUUGCCUUUUUAGGAACAACAUUUAUAAGAAAACCCUUCAAAACUGAGACGCGGGCAAACAACAAAAAUACAACAAGGCCCAAGAAUAUUUAAAAAACAACUUUAUCUCUUUUAAGAAAAAAACCGAUCGAUCCCAUACAAGCCUUUGAAGUUUGUAAAAUUUUUUUCACGUCCGCGUUUUUUUAUUGACAAAGCAAAAUUCAUGAAUUCAUGGCUCAUCGGCUACAAAUGCAUUGCACGUUUUUGUUGGGAAACACACCGAGCGAACAGAUAAAAACAAAAAAAAAAACGGAAAAAACUUUCUGCAUUUGUCUCUACCAUUUACCUGAUGAACAACUGAUAUUUAUAUCACUGCAGAUAAAAAAAAGUUCCAAAUCAUACCAUUGGACAAAUAACAGCUUUAGCAAAACAAAAUUAAUACGAUUCGAAAUUAUCUUUCUAGACUUUUCGAAAGGAAGUCGAAACAAACAAUCCCUCUCGUAGAACAAUUUAAUAACAGUGAGGCUAGAUUUCUACUAAAAGUUAAGAACAAUGAGGUUGGCAAAAAUUUACUUGUUGUUGUUCAAACAGAUUCCUUGGUUUUGUUCUGUUUGCCCUUGGAGGUUAUUUGCUGCGUUCACUGAGUUAAAAACUCAAUCUGAACAGUCGUAGAUCCAAACCUCACAGUUUUAAACCUCACCCACUGCCCCCCCAUGCCCCCCCCAUGAUGUUUUUUGAGUUUUUUUCGUAGAUGGUAAUACAUCAACACCUGACGUUUUCAUGCCAGUAGCUGUUCAUUUAUCCCUCGCAUACAUUUCGAGACAAGAUUAGCGAUGGUGAUCAGUUACUAUGGUUACGAGAUAUGACGUCACAAGUAGCAGGUGGUCAAGCCAUUUUCGCGUGAAAAUGCAUGUUUUCUCUACUUCUUUCAACAAUGAAAGUAAAGAUUGUGUCAAGUUAUUUAUAAAUUAAGUUUUACCAUGUAUAAACCAUUCGUUGUUAUUUGGUCUGCCACAGAUGUGCAUUACAGGAGCUCUCGGAAUCCCUGGAAGUGGUAGAGAAAGGACUAAUACCCGCAAUUCUUUUGUAAGUAAGACGUUACUUUGCUUUAUUAUUGCCUAACGGACUUAAUAUGAUGUUGACCAUUCCUUUUAACUUAAAGCUUCCUGGUGGAAUUUUAUAUUAUUCUUUUUUAUUUAUAAAUAUAUAUUUUUUUCCAGCCCGGCGUUUUCAUGGGUUUCUCUAUCACAUCCGCCGUGUUUGGUGGAAUAAUCAUCCUUUUUUACAGCAUUGGCAUCUCCCAGAUCACCUCGAGCGACCCGAAGUUUUACUUUGAUGACGUCGAGUCCUACAAUGAGUACUACCAAGGAAAGGUGGCUAUUCUCGCCAUCAUGCUUAUGAUGGGUAUCGCUACGUUUGGAAUUGGAAUCUGGGCAGCGAUAUGCACCUGUUUGUUGAAACCCUGCUGCGAACAACAACCGCAGGUAGAGUAGCCAAAACUCAAAGCUUAUCUCGCCCUUCUAAAGUGCACUUUCACUUGGUCUGGGACUUUAAAGUACUUUAAAAUACAUUGUCACUCAAAACAGUUCCCAAUAGGUUUCUUGGGACCCGGGAGUUCCUUUAUUUGAAGCUCGAGACUCGAGAUUUGAAUGCAAAAUCGGAGCGAGAUUCGGGAUUGAUAGUAUUUUUGGGUGAUGAAAUGCCAAAAAUAACCCUCGGGAUUACGGGAGUACACGAAAUUUCGGGUCGGGAUUACGGGAUUGAAGAACCCAAUUGCGGACCUUGACUCAAACCGCUGGGAGUCAGCUUUGACAAAACGUCUUUGAACUGAUAUUGUCGUGAGAUAAUUGUGGAAUGUAAAUGUUCAAAAUCAUUUUUACAGUGCUCAAUAAAACGAAUAGACAUGCCAAGAGGAAGGAAGAGUGAAGCAAAAUAGUUUUAGUACUAUAAAGGAGAAGUCCCCACACAUAUGGAUAAAAACAACAUCAUAACUGAAAUUAAGCUCUAAAAUGAGACACAGAAAUUUAUAGCACCUCUUUUCUGGAGGUUUCAGUGUAGUCCACUAUUACCCCCUGGAAAAUGUAUGAAGCAUCUAUCACUUUAAAUUUGUGGUAAACUUACAGUAAUUUACAUACUUCAAAUACUAACAGCGGAGAGAUAUGUUGUCCCCCAGUUCCCUUCAGGUGUACCUGUAGCUAUUCCGAUGCAACCAGGUAUCCCUGGAGCUGCACCACAGGGUUCCCAACAACCGGUGGUCCUGGUGCCUGUUUCUGGUACAUCACCAGGUCAGCAUGUGAUGGCCCAAGCUACCUCGCCUGAAGGGAUGGCAACGAGUACCCCACAACAGCAGUUUCAAUCUCGUCUUGUGAACAUUAAUCCAUCUAAAGCAAUGUCGACAAGUACAGAUUCUUCUCCCCAGGAGACUGAGAUUCCUCGUUCGUCCAGGCAUGGUGGUUAUGCACUACUGCAAAACGAGGAGGUAGGUGUGGCUUUCUGAGUAGCAAGGAGAGGAUCGAAAGCUUUCCGAUCAUACUUCGAAGGUAGAAUGUGCGAGGGAAAAUUCACGCGCCAUAUUGAUCUUAUCAAGCGCGUUUUGACUCAAGUGAAACUUAAGGGAAGCACGGCGUUGGAACAGAAGCGUUUUGAUAUGUGAUCGUUGUCGCUUACACUCUAUAACCUUCAUUUUUCAUCAUCAUCAUCAUCAUCAUCAUCAUCAUCCGUCAUCAUCAUCAUCAUCAUUGUCAUGAGAGAAUAAUUAGGGCGAUUGUAUUGCGCAUGUGAGCUCGACGUUUCACGGACUUCUUGGUUGUCAAGUCGUAGCUUUAUGAGUGUCAGAGUUGAGUAUUUCCACAUAGGAAGUUCUUCGUGUGGAAUUAAAUUGUCAUAGUUCCUGUUGUCCGUGUAUAUCGCCGUUGUGGUCAUCAUCAUCAUUAUCUCUUUUUCCAUCAAAGCUAGACGCAAAUAAAAGAAACGGUAUUCACUUGUUUAGAAUACUAAUAGCAAAACAAAACACCAAUGAUACAUCCAUUAUUGCGCAUCUAAUCCUUGUUCUUUCCUUUCCUUUUUAGAAUCAAGUGGAUGUGUAGACUUGAAAGGCGUAUUUUCAAUUAGAAGUAUUAAAUAGCUCUAAGUUUCUCUAUGUAGCGUCUUAAUAAAACUAAAUGAAAAUGGUCAGACACUCACGAUUCAUCAUUUGUAGUUUUUCGACGUUAAAAAAGAUGAUAAACUCGACAAAUUUUUGUGAUAGAGAAGAUGUUGUUAAUUAAUUGCUUCUUUAACAAAAAUAAUGACCCAUUUCCUUAAAGGAACACUGUGACAGGCUUGCCAGUUUAUGUAUGUUAAAAUUAUGAAUCAGUUGUUUUACUUGUCUUGUACGAGUGAGGGCCAGCGUGUCUGAAUUGAUUACUUGAUGUAACAAUCUUUCCAUUUUUACCAAAGUGAAUGAGCUUCGUGUCGUUGAAAUGGACAAACUAGAUUGCUUCUAGGAUUGCUCGUUUAACAUAUAUAUGUAUAUAUUAUAGAAUUUUCCUUUUUCUUUUGUG